AUGCCCUCCAAGGCGAGAUCAUUGCUUGAGCUCACCAGGCUCCACUGGUUCCCAGUGGGGUCUGACUUCAUGUUCUGGCCCUUCGCAUGGGGUUCUCUGGCAGCAUCAUAUCAUGUGGCAUUACCCAUGGAUGAAGUUGUAAAAAAUACUUUGUUCUAUGCAUUGUUGGGCACAUUGGUACACAGCGCAGGCUGUGUCAUAAAUGACAUGUGCGAUCGUGAGUUCGAUCGCAAAGUUGAACGUUCGAAAACACGACCGAUCGCAUCCGGAGCUGUGACCAUGACGGAGGCCUCAAUUCUUCUAUUCGUUCUUGUUGCUGCCAUCUUUUACAUGUUUUCGACUGCUGGCACUGCGGCUCUCACGCUUGGUCUUAUUGGGCUCCCGACGUGUGGCGGGACAUAUCCGUUGAUGAAGCGCUGGAUGUACUGGCCUUCUUUGUUCCUCGGUUUUGCUGCUAGCUGGGCUGUCCCAUUCACAUGGGUGUCAAUUACGGGUGAGUUUGAUUGGGGCAUGAUCCUGAACGUCGGCAUUGCCUGGACAUGUUUGUAUGACACUAUCUAUGCAUGCCAGGACAAGAAGGAUGACGAAAAGGCUGGUGUCAAGUCUAUGGCGGUCCGCCUGGGUGAUGGCAUUCGUCCUGCAUUGAGCGUGUUCGAUGUGACCUUUUUUGGGUGUCUUCUGUGGGCUGGAUACCUGAACGGCCAGCACCUCCCCUUCUACGUCAUGAGUGUCUUCGCGCCGUUCUUCCUGUGUCUCUGGCACAUCUGGUCAUUUGAUCACAACGAUCCCCGAGACAGCUGGAACAAAUUCACGGUACGUUUUACUGAUAUCAUCCAGUUUGCUCAUUCUGAUAUCGUGUUGUACUACAGGCUGGUCGCCACGGUGCAGCGUUGGUCUGUGCGGGAUUGGUCGUAG